AUGGAAAAACACAAUCUGACCAUGCUCAAUGAAUUCAUUCUCGUGGGAAUCACACAUCGUCCUGAGCUGCAGGCUCCAUUAUUUGGGCUCUUCUUUAUCAUCUAUUUGAUCUCUGUGGUGGGCAACCUGGGCAUGAUCAUCCUCACCAAAGUGGAUGCCAGACUACAAACACCCAUGUACUUCUUCCUCAAACACCUGGCUUUUACUGACCUUGGUUAUUCAACAACCGUGGGACCCAAAAUGUUAGUAAGUUUUACUGUAGAUCACAAUACAAUCUCCUAUUAUUUUUGUGCUAUGCAACUAGCUUUCUUUAUUGUGUUUAUCAUCAGUGAACUUUUCAUUCUGUCAGCUAUGUCCUACGACCGCUACGUGGCCAUCUGUAACCCUCUGCUCUACCCCGUCAUCAUGUCACAGAGGGUGUGUCAGGUGCUGGUGGCAAUCCCUUAUCUCUACAGCACAUUUGUGUCUCUUCUAGUCACCAUAAAGAUUUUUAGUUCAUUCUUCUGUGGCUACAAUGUUGUCAAUCAUUUCUACUGUGACUGUCUCCCCUUGUUAUCUUUGCUCUGCUCAAAUACACAUGAAAUUGAAUUGAUGAUUUUGAUUUUCUCAGUUUUUGAUGUGAGUUCAUCCCUUCUGAUAAUUCUUGUGUCUUACCUGCUGAUCCUGGUAGCCAUCGUCAGGAUGAACUCAGCUAAGGGUAGGCUCAAGGCUUUUUCCACCUGUGGAUCCCACCUGACAGUGACCACAGUGUUCUAUGGGACUUUGAUAUUUAUGUAUGUGCAACCUGAGUCCAGUCAUUCCUUUGACACUGAUAAAGUGGCGUCCAUAUUUUACACCCUCGUUAUCCCCAUGCUGAAUCCCUUGAUCUAUAGCUUGAGGAAUAAAGAUGUAAAAUAUGCAGUGCAAACAAUGUGGAAAAAACUAUGCAAUAAUUUUUCUUACAGCUGA